AUGGACUUGCAAGGUGGAAUGAGGACCGGGCUGUGGCAGCAACAACGGAUGAGCAGCAGCCCCAUUCCUACAAUCAUCUUCUGCGUCAUGCUGUCAACACUCUUGCAGAGGAGGUUAUGGGCAAGAAAAUCAUCCCUUAUGUUGGGCCAAGAAAGUACACUGGUGAGCUUAUUGGAGUGGAAUAUCUUUACCAGCAAACUGGUAAAGUUCUGCAAGACUACAAGUUGGCCAUUGAAGAGUCCGAGACCACUGAGGUUGGUAUAGAAGUGGAUGAAGGUUAUGCUGAACUUGAGGAGUUUCAGGACAUCACUGUCCCUACCCUUGACACAGAACAGACACCUGUUGCCUCUUCACAAGCAUCAGUGUCUGCAGCAUCAUCUCCAACCCCUCCUGUCACCAGCUCCAUUUCACCAUUGUCUGUGGUUCCUCCAUCACCAACCCCUCCUGUCUCCAGCUCCAUUUCUCCAUUGUCUGUGGUUCCUCCAUCACCAACCCCUCCUGUCACCAGCUCCAUUUCUCCAUUGUCUGUGGUUUCUCCAUCACCAACCCCUCCUGUCUCCAGCUCCAUUUCUCCAUUGUCUGUGGUUUCUCCAUCACCAACCCCUCCUGUCACCAGCUCCAUUUCACCAUUGUCUGCGGUUCCUCCAUCACCAUCCACAUCUGUCACCUGCUCCAUUUCACCAUUGUCUGUGGUCCCUCCGUCUCCUGUCACUAGCCCACUGCACAGUCAUUUAAAGCCAGGACUCUUUCCUGGAGCACAUAGCUUGGACCAGUCAUCAGCAGAAACUUCUGAACAUCUGACAUCUGAAGAGAACACUUCACAUGAUGAUUCUGUUGGACCAGAUAAUAUUGGGGGGUAUGGCCAUGCAGGACUUGGCUGA